CUCCGCAUUUGAGCAGCUCAGCAGGUUCCUCCAGAUGUUCCUCGGUUGAUUUUAGUUUCUUCUGAGGUUUUUCAGAAAUAAAACCCCGAGCUGAGCGGCUGAUCCUCCCCGGAUUCAGGUCACAGUUUGUGGGCGUAUCUGAGUAAGAAUGUUGGCUUUUUGCAGCAGAACUGUGGCUGGCAUGGUGAGGCCCUGCGGCUUCGUGAAGCCGCGUCACCUGGUGAAGCCCGUCUCUGCCACCCGGGUGGCCGGCAGGUACCUGAGCCACCAGAGGGGGCUGCCGAGCCUGCCGGUGCCCCCGCUGCAGCAGACCUGCGAGCGCUACCUUACGGCCCUGGAGCCCAUCGUGGAGGCGGAGGAGCUGAGCCGGACCCGGCGGCUGGUCCAGCAGUUCCAGGAGGCCGGCGGCGUCGGGGAGCAGCUGCAGAGAGGCCUGGAGAGACGGGCGAGGGACACAGAGAACUGGCUCUCCCAGUGGUGGGUCCAGGUGGCCUACCUGGAGUACCGGCUGCCGGUGGUGGUCCACUCCAGUCCAGGCCUGGUUCUGCCCAGGAUGGACUUCAGGGACAAACAAGGACAGAUCAGGUUUGCAUCCAAACUGAUUGCAGGAGUUUUAGACUUCAAGACGAUGAUCGAUAAUGAGACUCUCCCAGUGGAGUUUCUGGGCGGGAAGCCUCUGUGUAUGAACCAGUACUACGAGGUUCUGUCGUCCUGCCGGAUCCCCGGCAUCAGCAGAGACUCUGUGGUGAACCAUGCCAGGAGCCCCCAGCCCCCCAAACACAUCACCGUGGUUCACAACUUCCAGUUCUUCCAGUUGGACGUCUACCACAGCGAUGGGACGCCGCUGACUCCAGACCAGCUCUGUGACCAGCUGGAGAAGAUCUGCAGAGCUUCACCGGAUCCCGGCGCCGAACCCGUCGGGAUCCUGACCACCCAACACCGAGACGUCUGGGGGAAAUCCUACCUCAACCUCAUCAGAGACCCGACCAACGAAGCGUCUGUGUCGUCGAUCCAGAGGAGCAUCUUCACGUUGUGUCUGGAUGGACCCACGUCUGGAGCAGCUGGAGAUCAGAGCCGCAGCGCUGCAGCCGUCCAGAUGCUGCAUGGCGGCGGCAGCCGGGGCUACAGCGCCAACCGCUGGUUCGACAAGACGCUGCAGUUCAUCGUGGGGGAAGACGGGACCUGCGGGGCGAACUACGAACACGCUCCGGCUGAAGGCCCGCCCAUCGUGGCGCUGAUCGACCACGUGGUCGAGUUCACGAGGAAGGACACGUCUCCGUCUCCUGCAGCGUCUCUUCCUGUCCCUCAUAAACUUCCAUUCAUCGUCUCAGCAGAGGUGAAGAGGGACAUCGAGGCGGCCAAGGCCAGCAUGGACAGCCUGGCCCAGGACCUGGACAUGAGGGUCUCUGUGUUCGGACACUUUGGGAAAAACGUGCCGAAGUCCCAUAGGAUGAGUCCGGACGCCUUCAUCCAGGCCGGCCUGCAGCUGGCCUUCUACAGGAAGUACCGGCGCUGCUGCGCCACGUAUGAGAGCGCCUCGCUGCGGAUGUUCCGACUCGGCCGCACCGACACGAUCCGAUCGGCUUCCAGCGCCUCGGCUGCCUUCGUUAAGGCCUUCGACGACCCCAGCAAGCAGAACCAGAAGAAGGUGGAUCUGAUGGCGGAAGCUGUGAAAGCCCACAGAUCGUACACCAACAUGGCGAUCAGCGGGCAGGCCAUCGACAGACACCUGCUGGGCCUGAAGCUGCAGGCGGCCGAGGAGAAACUUCCCGUCCCAGAGAUCUUCAGAGAUCCUGCCUUCGCUAAAGCUCUGCACUACCGACUGUCCACCAGCCAGGUCCCGUCUAAGACGGACUGCGUGAUGUGCUUCGGGCCGGUGGUAACCGACGGUUACGGCGUCUGCUACAACCCCAUGGACGACCACAUCAACUUCGCCGUGUCGGCGUUCAACAGCUGCGGGGAGACGGACGCCGGCGGCCUGGCGGCGGCCGUGGAGGAAGCUCUGCUGGACAUGAAGGUUCUGCUGGACCGGACCCCCAGGUCCAAACUGUGACGGCUUCCCCAACCUGCAGGGGGCGCCGCUCUGAUCAGCUCGUCCAUCAACACUCUGCACUUUAAGAUCCUCUGAUUCUGAUGAACAGCAGAAACAUCAGCUGGAAAAGUUUAAAUCCACCAGAAAUGACAAUUAGUUGAUUUAUUUCCUGAAUUAUUCAAAAUGUUUAUAGGAUUUAAGUUCUGCAAAAACAAUCAGAUGAAGUUAAUAAUCAACCAUUUGCUGUAAGAUCGUCGGUCCUUAAACGUUUCACUGCACCUGUUUUUAUACUUUGUUUCAAGUAAUAAUUUUAUGUAAAAAGUCAGAAUGUCUGUUUACCUAAAGCCAGUUUGCUCCAACAUGUUCAUAGGCGGUUUGUAAAAAUAACAGCAAUAAUCUGGAUUAUUUAGCCUGUUAUUGGAUUCACUUUUCAAAAUCAUAUUUUCAUAUAAAUGUUCAUUCAUUUAUAAAUGAUUUAAACUAAAUAUUUAUCAGUUCUAACUACAUAUUUAGUUUGACCAUGUGGUCAGUAAGCUAAGCUUUAGUUCACCAAUAAAAUGUUUAGCUUGUUAAUUACAUAGGUAGGUUGCAAACUAAACAUUUAGUUAGAAAGCGAAGCCUUUAGCUAAUUAACUAAAUAUUUAGCUCCAAGAUGAAUAUUUAGUUUGUAAACUAAAUAUUUCCUUGACAGGCUAAGUAUGUGUUUCGGAAGUUAAAUACUAUAUUGGAACAAAAUCUUUGGUUAUCAAUUAAAUACUAAGUAUUUAGGUAAACAUUUAGCUAAUUAAGUAUUUAGUUAUUUAAAUAGUUUGAUAAAUAAAUAUUUAGCUUCUAGGCUACUUAUUUAGCUUUCCUAGUAAAUAUUUAAUUUGCAGCUAACUUUCAUAAAUGAAUGAGUAAAGUUGUGAAAAAAUAACUUUGAAAAUUGAAUCCAUUCUUUUUCCCCUAUAAAAUACUAAAUAAUUCAAAAUAUUGCUGUUAAUUUUUGUUUGGCUCCAUAUAAAGAUUUAGAGAAAACUGCUGAGUUGACAGUUUUCUGAUCCAGUCUUGAAGUUUUAAGUGAAGACUCGACAUCGUGACCUCUGACCUCUGCUGGGUUUCAGAACCUAGGAGGAGGUUCUGCCACGGAUCGGACCGGUUCUGUCCAGAACCUCCACAGAGAUCUGAAUGAUUCUGAAGUAAAUGACUCGGUCCAGUUGUUCCUCAGUUUGUGGAAGUUUUGCUCUGAUUUCUCACUCAGACUUGAGAUCAGCUGAUAAUCAUGAAGGUUUCUGUUCUUUAUAAAAUGUUUCCUGUUUUC